AGUGAUCUCUUAGGUCGAGCAACAACAGAUCCUGGAUCUGCUCAGCUCUAGUCUCUAUGCGAUCAGCAGCCUACGUGUGCGUAGGACAGACUAGCGGUGAACAUGCCUCUUGCCAGAGACCUCCUCCAUCCUUCAAUUGACCUAGAAAGAAGACAACAUAAAAAGAAAAGACUCGUCCAGAGUCCUAACUCCUACUUUAUGGACGUAAAGUGCCCAGGCUGCUAUAAGAUCACCACAGUGUUCAGCCAUGCACAGACAGUGGUGCUCUGUGUGGGAUGCGCAACAGUGCUGUGCCAGUCAAGUGGAGGAAAGGCCAGACUAACAGAGGGGUGCUCUUUCAGGAGGAAGCAACACUAAAGGGAUUGCACACUGUAACUAACUAAGCCAUGCCGUUGAUAAACCCUUAUCCCCCCAGAUAACAGUUUUAAACUAGCAUUGCAAACAUUUUAAAAUAAAGAUACAAUUAAAAUCUAAUUAAGGCAAUAAAGAAAUGUUAUA